AACCCAGGUGCGGUAUUCAUUUGCCGUUUCUUCUCUCUCCCCAGCGAAACUUAACUCCACCACAACAAAUAUGCCCAGCCGUAUACCGGGCACCUUCAUCUGGACCGACUCCCCACCAAGUGCGCCGUGUGGCUAAGCGAUACAACGUCUGUUUUCAGGCAAAAUCUGCCAUUAGUUUGGGUUUUUUUAAGAACACCAGGUGCAAAAGAGCAGCAGCAGCCUGUCCUGAAGGUAAUGGCCGGCCACGAGUGGGAAGAUUGGUUUGAACGGGAGGAAUUUAUCGGGCAAAUCAGCGACAUCCGAGUGCAAAACCUCCAAGUGGAGAGAGAAGUGGUUCAGAAGAGGACCUUCACCAGAUGGAUGAACCUGCAUUUGGAGAAGUGUAAUCCUCCACUGGAGGUGCACGACCUCUUCCGAGACAUCCAGGAUGGGAGGAUUCUAAUGGCUCUGUUGGAGGAGCUGUCGGGGUGCCGACUGCUGCACGCGUUCAAGCAGUCCUCGCAUCGCAUCUUCAGGCUUAAUAACAUCGCCAAGGUAUUGACAUUUCUGGAGGAAAGAAAUGUAAAGCUGGUCAGCAUCGAUGCUGCAGACAUUGCUGAUGGCAAUUCCUCCAUCGUGCUCGGCCUUAUCUGGAACAUCAUCCUCUUUUUCCAGAUUAAAGAGCUCACAGGGAACAUAAAGAACCAGUUCCCGUCCUCUUCCAGCCUGUCGUCCAUCCCCACCAGCUCGGACUCCGACACCUCACACUCCAGCACUCCCUCAGAUGAGCGGAGGCCUUCUGUCGCUGCUAGGGAUCAUGGGAAAGCCAUAAAGACACUCUUGCAGUGGGUUCAGAGACGCACGAGAAAAUAUGGAGUGGCGGUCCAGGAUUUUGGCAAGAGCUGGGCAAGUGGUCUGGCUUUUCUUGCCGUCAUCAAGUCUAUUGACCCCAGUCUGGUGGACAUGCGGAGAGCUCUGCUCAGAUCUUCCAGAGAGAACAUCGAGGAGGCCUUCAGAACGGCACAUUACAGCUUGGGCAUCCCACGACUUCUGGAGCCCGAAGAUGUUACUCUUGACCCCCCUGAUGAACAAUCCAUAAUGACCUAUGUGUCCCAGUUCCUGGAGCACUUUCCGGGAAUCGAGGAGGAUGAGCAUUCGGACUUCCUGGAGAGGAGUAAGGUCAGCGCACGGAUGAACGAACCACCGGUCAGGAACGGAGUCCAGAGGAAGAGAGAGAAGUCUUAUGUGGUGAAGAGGGAUUGGGUUCAGCCUCCACCCAAAAUCUUCAUCUCCUCAGUGACUGAAGAGCACGCGCAGACACUCCCUCCUGCCCAGCCGCAGACGCCAGAGGACAAGCCCUGGGCCAGCGAAGAGUCCUCGGUGGCUUCGAGCCCCAGCACUGCGAAUAGUCGACCUCUGUGUCGCCCCCUAGGCCUGAACAAAGACAAUCCGUCCACCCCCAGCUCCCCUCAGCCAUCUCUGAUCGACUCUGCCAUGGACUCCCCGGAUUCAUGGGGUGAGAUGCCCAGUGAGACAGCCCCUCAGCUCCAGCAGUCUUGCAGCGAUGGCUCUCUGAGUGAUCUGAGGUAUUCCACUUCCCCUGGAGACCUGACCUCAGAUCAAGGGUCACCGCUGUUAUCAGAGAGGGUUUCUCAAGACCACGUGGACACUGACUUGUUCACAGAUGAGGGGAACUUCUCUCUCAGCUCAAUGGAGAGUUUACAGGCCAAAUCAGCACUGCUGUCCGAGGAGGAAGAUGCUUACAGGUACAUUUUGGAUCUAAAGGAGGACGGGUCUGCCAACAAUACACCCACUGAGGAUAUCGUGAAUGAUCCAAAGACACAGCAAACAGAAACCAGCCCUGUGCAGAAGUCAGAAACGGUCAAACCUGCAUUUCAUGAACAUUCAUGUGGGGAUAGUGACUCUGGGUACUAUCCUGGCCACAAGGACAUCUCAACCACAGAGCAGGACGAUGUUAGCAAGAGUUCUCUAUUCACUGAUGUUGAUGAGCAGGUUUCUGGUUUUGAGAACCCUGUAGAGAGCCAGUCUGAACGUUGUGAAGCAAGUUCAGAGUCUUCCAUCACUGAGGAUUUUCAGAAGGUUUCUGCUGAAUCAAAUCCAGUGGCCUUUUUUGAGGAUGACGCGGAGUGUCCUGUUCUUAAAUAUGAGAGGAUUUCCAUUUCAGGGAGUGAAGAGGAUGUGGAUGCGGAGCUGUCUGAAGAAACAUGUCGCAAUGAGGAAAUGGAGGAGAACAAUAUGGUGGAGGUCUUUAAUAGUGAUACGAGAACAAGUGAGAACAAUGAGGAAACACGUGUGGAAGAGUGUGCAUAUCUCAGGGAGGCUGAGGAACUUGACCAGUUGUUGGAUUUAGACCAUGACCAUCAGGAGCCUGCUGUGGAGCCAGAUAAGGAUGGUAACAGAGAGGGGAAAGAUAAAGUAGAUCAGGUUUGUUCGGAACUAGAGCUUUCUAAAGACCGAACCCUGUCUGGAUCAGCAGGAACCGAGGCAGAGAUCCAGAGGGAAGAUAAUAAAUCUUCUGGCAAUGAGGAUUCUGGCAUGUGUGAUGAGCCAGUAAUGAAGGAUUUGAGUGAAGCCAGCCCACAGGCUGCCAACAAUCUGGCUGAAAUGAACUUUAUUGAAGUCACAAAAGUUGAAGAAGAGAAACUAGGUGAAAAAGUGGCUUGUGAUGAAGAACAAAUUGAGCACAACAUGAGCUCUCCUAGAGGGGAAGGGGUCACCGAGAGCUGUUUGGAAGACGAGCCGAAUGGAGAUCCAAGUUGUCAUGAGAUCGAACCAAGUACGUGUGAAGAUGCAAUGAUCGGUGAUGAGAAGAGUGAGAGUGAGAUAGAAAAGGUGAAGGAAAAGGGAGCCCCCUGUAAUGAGCAUGAUGAUGAUGAGAGUAAGUUGGUGGAUCUGCAGGUUGAGAUAGAAAGCAUAAAGGAUGAGAAACCCUUUCUCAAUCAGCGUCUUCAUGAUGAGACUAAGUUGAAGGAUCUACAGAAUAUCGAAAGUGUAAACAAGCACAAAACCUCCUACAAUCACAAUCAUGCCAUCAUUUUUGAGGAUGCUGAGCUCAGUGAGAAUAAGAACGACCAUAUACAAAAGUCAGAUAACCCUCAGGAUGACGUUCUUGUGUCCAACAUUGGUGAAACCUUAAAGGAGCCUAAUUCUGACCCUGUGUUCUGUGAGGAAAAUCCACACUCCUUUACUCCACCAACGCCCGGCAGCCCUGCCUCUCAGCCAGACUGGGAUCAGAGUGCUGUAAACCAACCCUGUGAUGAACAAAGCCCAGGGCAGGCCACCUGGGAGGAGAAAGGGAGGAUUAUGGGUACUCCAGAUCGAGCAGAGAGGUACCCUGCGGAGCUCCGCCUGUCACUCAGUGUGACUCCUCUCCAGCCUGCUCCAUCACAGCUUUCCCACUCUGACUCCGACAGUGAGCGAGCCAUGCAGGAAAAGGUUGGAGAGGGAUGUGUGGAGUCGCCGGAGCAGAGUCCGUUCGAGCUGUGGUCCAGGCACCCGGGGGAGUGGGGUGCGGUGGAUUCGGACCUGCACACUGAUCACUGUGAGCUCAUUAGCAGUGAUGAGGAGCUUUCAUCCAGCGCCGCCGUUACGGCUUCUGCUGCUGCCACCAGAGAAAACAUAGAGACGCUGAGGGCGGAAGCAGCCAGCGACGGCGCUGAAGAUGAAAGCCAGCCAUCGGCAGCUUUGUGCUUAGGAGAGGCCUUCGACCCAAAUGAAUCCAAGACGGAGAAUGGGGAAAGCACAGAUGCCAUCAUGACCAAGAAUGCAAACGAAAGGAAGGAGGGCAGUCCUUCAGGAAGCUCUGAGAGCUCGUGUGAAGUGGCCUUGUCUGAAAUCUACCUGCUGCUGCUCAUGUGGCUCCUCCUCUACUGCCUUUUCAUCCUGCCUCAGAUUGACGUCUGGGCAAUCCCCAGCCUUCUGCUCAACCUGGAGGAGUGAAUGCGGAGAUGCUUUGGCUCGCGAUUCGCCUGAAAAUCUCUUCCAUCUUCCGGCCGAGCUUCCUCCUACUGGUCUUUACGGAGAAGAUGAACGUUAGUGGAGGAUCCUCUACCACACUGACUAUUAUUUCUACAUUUUAAAUCCUCCUGGGCACACGUGGACUAAUGAAAGUCUUCUUUUUUUGAAGUUUUUGACAGGUUAUCAGUCAACAGAGUACCAGGUUUACAGCAACUCACACUGUCUGUUCUGUACCCACUGCACAUGAAUGCUUUAACGGUUAGAUAUUUUAAUCAUACUACUAACAAUAAUAGGAGUAACAUUGUGAGAGUAUGCUAUUUGCUCUUUAGUAUGGUAAUGCUUAUACUGUAUGACAAAAAACAGCGCACUCGUUUUACGGUUUUAGAGUUUACAUCAUGGCCAUGAAGGUGUACUGCAUAACUCUUCUGCCAUACUUUAUUUAAUGUACGGGAACAAAAUGAUCAUCCACUUACUUUUCCCUUUUCUUGGAAAACUGAGUGUGCAUUCUACCGCCUAACACAACGCAGAUCAUCCUUAAAAUAACUUUUUUAAAGUAUUGAGAAGAUGUUUUGUCACAACAUUUGUAGAAAAAUGAGCUGAAGGCACUUUUACAGGACACACACGGUACAUAAAAAGGUCUUAAACACCAUAUAGGGCUUUAAGAGUAAGCAUUGAUUGUGUCAGCUGCACUUUCUCCAACUCAAAACGUGAUCCGCCAAAGAUUUAGCUAAAGGAACUAAAGGUACACCGGACAGAGGGAAUAAAUAAUACAUUUGCCUAUUCUUUUAACGAUGAAAUGAAGUAUUUCUUAAAGCGACGAAGCUGUAGUUCUAUAUUUACGUGUAUAUUUUACAGAAUGCAAGGGCACAUAAAUCACUUCCAACGCUCAGUUGACACCUGUAUAAACCGAAUUCGCUUGUGUAAUGAUCUUUAGUGGUGUUUGUACGUCUCUGGCAUUGUAUGAAGUGUAUGCGAGCGCCUCAGGCUUGGCCAUUUUAACGGAAACCCGUAAAAGAAAGCUUUGUAAUGACGUUGCUUUGAUCAGUUCCUUUUUUAUGUAUAUAUAAGUUUAAGAGUUCAUCGUUUGAAAGGUAUCUUUUGCGUUUGCUUCAUGCUGAAUACACCGACAAGCACAGUUCUCCGAAAAGGAAAAGUCCAGUUUGAGAGUAAAGCGUAAAAGUGCAAGCAUUGUGGCGUCUGUAAAGGCAACGUGCAAGUCAUUUUUAAGCCUCAUAACUUUAUUUGUUCAGUGAAACUACAAAUAAGCCAGUGGCCACAAACUGCGCAUGAGAAUGUCCUGCGAAAACUGUCGAGUCUUCAUUUUGUAAAGCUCAUAAAUCUCUACCCCUCUUUUUUGUAUUUGGAGAUUCUUGUAAAUGCACCAGUCAAGUGCAAUAAAUAACAAGUCUAAAAUC